UCGCCCCUUCCGCCAGCCGCCCCACCUACUUCACCACCUCUUCUGCCAAAGAUGCCUCGCUAUGAGCUGGCUUUGAUCCUAAAAGCCAUGCAGAGGCCUGAGACAGCUGCAACACUGAAACGCACAGUGGAAGCUUUGAUGGAGAGAGGAGCAGUGGUGAGGAAUUUGGAAAACCUGGGCGAAAGAACGCUGCCAUACAGAAUUUCAAAGCACAAUCAACGUCACACCAGAGGAGGGUAUUUUUUGGUAGACUUCAAUUCUCCACCAACAGCUGUUUCAGCCAUAAAGGACCAUUUAGGACGUGAUAUUGAUGUGAUCCGGUCUUCCAUUUUAAAGCACCAUGUGGCAAAUUCAGAAGAAUGCAUGGGCAUGAUACCAGUCAGCACUGAAGAUAAACUAACAAAGAUGAAGAAAUAAAUAGCCGGAGACCAUAGAGGCAUUGCUGCUCCUAAUUUGAACCUAGUUGUAAGGAUCUGUGAUUUAUGCAGUGUGCCUAGGUGUGUUACUUUUGACUAUUCUGCAGCAAAUGACGUUUUAUAUUUAUACUUUGUAUUUUAAAAUCAGGGCAUUUCCCCCCCUAAGUAUUGCAUCUGUUGCUGAAGUUUAUCCUGCCCUAGAAAAUUCAGGCUGCUGUCCUAAUGCAUGCUUGAAAAAGAAAAAGAAAAAACCAAGUCCCAUUGAACAAAAUAGGACUUGAUCCCAAGUAAACAUGCACAGACUCAAACUGUCAAACUACCAUUGUUCUUUCCAGUUAGGACCUUUCAGAUAUCAUAUACUUAUGCAGUUAUAAUGUUCUACCAUGAUGUAAAUAACAUUUAAUGCAAAAUUUGUUAAUGAAUGUAAUAAAAAAAUACAAAAAGAACAUUUAAUGACUGGUUUAUAAAGGAACAAACAUUUAGUAAAUUAAUUCUGAUCACUAGCAUAUUGUUUUCAAUGCAUUUAAAUGCUGCUGGGUACUCGUUCAUGGAAGUUAAGAAAAUGAUAUGGCUAUACAAAAAUGUACAUUGCAGUGUUGGUUUUAUUUUUACAAAAUAGAACCAGACACUAUCUUGAUAUUUGUUUUUAAUAUAUUCCGAAAUAUAACUGCUGGCUGCUGCUUCUGCAUUUAGAAAUACUAAUUGUGUGGAUUAAUAAUAACAAUUACAUUAGCUUAAGUGGAUGGAUAGAUUCAAUAAAGCCUUAACAAUUUCCUAA